AUGUCUAAUUUUUUACAGUUGUUCUUACAAUUUUACGUUACGACAUUUACUUUUUGUUGUAGUCGUAGUCGUAGUCGUAGUCGUAGUCGCAAUCAGAAUCUUUAUCUUAAUAUUAAUCUUAAUCUUAAUCUUAAUCUUAAUCGUUGUCAGAAUCUGAAUCAGAAUCGUGGUCGUUAUCGUGAUCGUAGUCGUAGUCGUAGUCUUGAUCGUGAUCGUGUUGUGAUCGUAGUCAUAGUCGUAGUCGUAAUCAUGAUUGAUGUCGUAAUCGUUGUUGUAAUUGCAACUAUAAGACAACUACACUUGAGAGUGAUUUGUAAUAGAAAAAUUUUGGAUACAUUUAUUGCUAAACCUACAACAAAUCUACAAAGAAAAUGUAAGUAUACUAGAUGGGAACAUCGUAAACCAAUUGCAAUACCUUCAUUUGGACAAGGUGUCGAUAGGCACUUAUUUGGUUUAAAAAUGAUAGCUUCUAUCGAAUCAAUGUGUCUUCCAGAAUUGUAUAAGGAUGUUGCAUAUAUUAAAAGUACAUACUAUGAUUUAACAACGAGUCAAGUACCUCAUAAAACAUCGUCAUUUAUGUGUUACGGUCCGGUUGUACCAGAAGGUUACGGUUGUUGUUAUAAUCCUCGAGAGAACGAUAUUCUCUUUCGUUGCUCUCCCUUCAAAUCCAGUACAAAAGCAGACGCAACACAAUUUGCCAACACUUUAAAAGAAACUUUGUGUCGGAUGAGAAACUUAUGUAAUGUUUGA